GCAAAAUUGUCCCGUGUAUCGGCAGGUUCUGAUUUCUCUUUUAAUCCAACAAUUUGGAUAUUAUUCCAAUGCGACCGAGCUUCCAGAUUGAUGAUUCAUUGAUGAGCCUUUUCCAAAUGGGAAGAAAGGUUUGAAAUGGCAGAACACUUGUGUACGGGAAUCUCAAACACAACAGCACAACAGUUUUGCUGACACUGUCUGGAUAUUUAAGGAGUGAUCAAAUAUUUUCUUUGCAACACCAACACAUCUGCUGUUGAUCCUUGGAGAUGAAGAAUUAUCUCAUCCAAGCUGGUAAUGUAAGCUGUCUCUGUAAUUAAGUUUUCUGUACUAACUGUGUGAAUUUCACUGGAACCGGGAGCUGAGAACACACCAGCAUUUGUUCACUGGAGAUCAGUUCUUCAACUGCAUUGAUUGUACAAGGGAUUCAAACGUCUGACUUUCUGAAUUGUCAGAGAAUUGAUCGUGGUGAGAUAUCAUUCUCCUUCUCUCGGUGUGGGAAGGGAUUCACUCACAGGCUACCUGCAGACACACCAGUGAGUUCACCGUGGGAAGAGGCUAUUCACCCGCUUGGUGUGUGGAGGGGGGAACUACUCUGUCAUCCAACCUGAAGAUUCAUCAGCAAGUUCACACCAUAGUGAGAUGCUUCACCUAUUCUGCAAGCAGGAAGCCAUUCUGUUAUUGAUGCAAAAGGUAUAUCGGAAAAUACACCAGUGAGAGGACAUUGACCUGCUCAGACAUUGGGAAGGCUUUCACACACUCAACCACACCAGAGUGACACCAGCGAGUUCACACUGGGGAGAAGCCAUUCACCUGCUCUGAAUGUGGGAAAAGGUUCACUCAGUUGCCUCAACUGAAUGAAGACCAGCGCGUUCACACUGAAAAGAUGUCAUUCAUCUGCUCAGACUGUGGGAAGGGAUUCACUAACUCGUCCACAUUCCACAGACACCAGCGAGUUCACACUGGGGAGAGGCCCUUCACCUGCUCAGACUGUGGGAAAGGAUUCACUCAGUCAUCUCACCUGCUACAACAUCAGCGAGUUCACACUGGGGAGAGACCAUUCAUGUGCUCAGACUGUGGGAAGGGAUUCACUUGCUCAUCCAACCUACAGAAACACCAGCGAGUUCACACUGUGGAGAAGCCAUUCACAUGCUCUGAAUGUGGGAAAGAAUUUAUUCAUUCAUCUCAGCUGUUGAAACACCAGCAAAUUCACUCUGGGAAGAAAGCAUUCAUCUGCUCAGAAUGUGGGAAGAGAUUCACCUAUUCAGCUCAGCUGAAAGGACAUCAGUUUGUUCACACUGGGGAGAGGCCAUUCAGCUGCUCUGAAUGUGGGAAAGGAUUCACUCAUUCAUCUCAGCUCUUGAGACACCAGCAAAUUCACACUGGGGAGAAGCCAUUCACAUGCUCUGAAUGUGGGAAGAGAUUCACCCAUUCAUCUCAACUGAAGGAGCAUCAGCGAGUCCACAAUGGAGGGAAGCUGUUCACCUGCUCUGAAUGUGGGAAGGUAUUUGCUCGGUCAUCUGAACUGAAGUUACAUCAGCAAGUCCACACUGGGGUGAAGCCAUUCACUUGUUCUGAAUGUGGGAAGGUAUUUGCUCGAUCAUCUGAACUGAAGUUACAUCAGCGAGUCCACACUGGGGUAAAGCCAUUCACCUGCUCUGAUUGUGGGAAAGGAUUCACCCGCUCAGCUCAUCUGAAAGAACAUCAGUUUGUUCAUGCUGCAGAGAGGCCGUUCACCUGCUCAGACUGUGGGAAAGGAUUCAUUCGUCACUCACAUCUACUGACACACCAGUUAGUUCACACCGGGGAGAAACCAUUCAUCUGCUCUGAAUGUGGGAAGGGAUUCACCCAUUCAGCUCAACUGAAGGAACAUCAGCGACUUCACACUGGGGAAUGGCCAUUCACAUGCUCUGAAUGUGGGAAGGGAUUCACUCGGUCAUCUCGACUUAAGGUACAUCAGCGAGUUCACACGAGGGAGAGGGUGUUCAUCUGCUCUGACUGUGGGAAGAGCUUUACUCAGUCAUCUCAACUGAAGGUACAUCAGCGAGUUCACACUCAGGAGAAACCUUUCAGCUGCUCUGAAUGUGGGAAGGGAUUUGUUCAGUCAUCCAAACUUGUGAGGCACUACCGAAUUCACACUGGGGAGAAACUGUUCACCUGCUCAGAUUGUGGGAAGGAAUUCACUCGGCCAUCUGACUUUAAAAUACAUCAGAGAAUUCACACUGGGGGAUGCCACUCACCUGUUCUGAAUCUGGGAAACGAUUCACUCAGACAUCUCAAUUAAGACUAUGAGAUAUAGGAGCAGAAGUAGGCCAUUUUGCCUUUCCAGUCUGCUCCGCCAUUCAGUCAUGGGCUGAUCCAAUUCUUCCAGUCAUCUCCCCUGCCUUCUCCCCAUACCCUUUGAUGCCCUGGCUAAUCAGGAACCUAUCUCUCUCUCUGCCUUAAAUGCACCAUAUUACCUGGCCUCCACAGUUGCUUCUGGCAACAAAUUCCACAAGUUUACCACCUUCUGACUAAAGUAAUUUCUCCUCAUCUCUGUUCUAAAAAGAUGUCCUUCAAUCCUGAAGUAGUGCCCUCUUGUCAUAGACUUCCAUACCAUGGGAAAUAACCUCACCCUAUCUUAUCUGUUCAGGGCUUUCAACAUUCGGAAUGUUUCAAUGAGUCCCCCGCACCCCACCAUUCUCCUGAACUCCAGGGAAUACAGCCCAAGAGAAGCCAGAUGCUUCUCGUAUGGUAACUCUUUCAUUGCUGGAAUCAUUCUUGUGAAUCUUCUCUGAACCCACUCCAAUGUCAGUAUAUCCUUUCUAAAAUAAGGAGCCCAAAACUGCACAUAAUACUCAAAGUGUGGUCUCAUGAGUGCCAUAUAGAGCCUCAACAUCACAUCCCUGCUCUUAUAUUCUAUACAUCUAGAAAUGAACAUCACCAUUGCAUUCACCUUCUUCACCACUGGCUCAAUCUGAAGGUUAAUCUUUAGGAUGUCCUGCACAAGCACUUCCAAGUUCUUUGCAAAUCUGCAUUUUGAAUUAUCUCCCAAACUAAACAAUCGUCUGCCCGUUUAUUUAUUUCACAAAUAUGCCUGACCAUACACUUUCCAACACUGUAUUUCAUUGACUAUUUCUUUGUCUAUUCCCCGAAACAAUCGAUAUCUCUCUGCCGGCACUCUGCUUCCUCAGCACUACCCACUCCUUCACUUAUCUUUGUAUCAUUGGCAAAUUUAGCCACAAAUCUAUUAAUCCAGUAGUCCAAGUCUUUGACAUAAAUCGUAGAAAGCAGUGGUCUAAGCAGUGACCACUGUGGACCUCCAGUGGUAACCAGCAGCCAGUUCAGAAUAGGAUCCCUUUAUUCCAACUGUGUUUUCUGUUGAUCAGCCAGUGCUCCACCCAUGCUAGUAAGUUCACUGAAAUUCCAUGGGAUUUAUCUUGCUAAGCAGCCACAUGUGCAGCACCUUUCAAAGGCUCACUGAAAAGUAUACCACAUCUACUGCUUCUCCUUAGUCUAUAUGGUUAAUAAAGAAAACAAAAAAGAAAAAGGGCCCAUUCUCAUGAAACACUCUAUUGUGCCAUGUUGGAGCUCACAGAUAAGCUGUUCGACCACUAUCGACCUCUUCCGAACCUCGUUGAACUUCGGACCCUCACUCCAAGUCCACUCCGUCCAAGACCUACCAACUCUCUCCAUUCACGUCUUCUCCCUAUCUCUCCCCAGCAAAAGACACGUGAAUGCCUGGCUCACAGACAUACAACAAAGAACAAAAUCCCACUCAUUGGCUAGCAUGCCCUGAUAGCUCUAGUCAUGACCCAGACGCUGCUGCAGAGAAACCAUCACCUCAACAGUGGAACAUUACAGAAAAACUAUUACAUUAGCAGUGAAACCUUACAGUGUGUUGCAUUUGAAAAAUGCUUUUUAUAUCUUCUUGAUAUUAGUCACCAGUUUCCUUUCAUAAUUCAACUUUUCCUUCCUGAUGACCUUUUUAGUUUCCUUCUGCAAGUUUCCCAAUCCUCUAUCUUCCCACUAAAUUCUGCUUCCUUGUCUUUUGCUUUUACUUUGGCUCUGACUUAACUUGUCAGCCAUGAUAGUGUCCUUCUUCCAUUCAAAAAUCUGUUCUUAAGAAUAUAUCUGUCUUGCACUUCCCUCAUUUUUUGCAGAAAUUCCAGCCAUUGCUGCUCUGCUGUCCUUCCUGAUAGAGUCCCUUUCCAGUCAACUUUGGCCAGUUCCCCUCUAAUGCAACUGUAAUUUUCUUUAUUCCACUGACACAUUGGAAUUUAGUUUCUCCUUCUCAAAUUUCAAAGUGAACUCGAUCAUGUUUUGAUCACUGUCCCCAAGGGUUCCUUAACCUUAGCUCUCUUAUCACUGCCGGAUCAUGGCACAACAGCCAAACCAGCACAGCUAAUCACCUAGUGGGCUCAACUAGGUUUAGCUUUUUAGCUGUUCUAAAAAGCAAUCCCUCAGAUAUUUUGCAAAUGCUCUCUCUUGAGAUCCAGUACUGGCCUGUUUUUUCAAAUCUACUUUCCGGUUAAAAUCACCAGCGAUUAUCAUGGCAUCGCUCUUCUGAUAUGCCUUUUCUAACUCCUGUGGUAAUUUGUAAUCCACAUCCUGACUGCUCUUUGGAGGCCUGUAUACAACUGCCAUUCGGGUCCUUUUACCCUUGCCAUUUUUUACGUCCAACCACAGAGACUCUACACUUUCCAAUCCUGUGCCAUUGCUUUCUAAUGAUUUCAUGUAAUUUCUUAUACACAAGGCAACACCACCCCCUCUCCCCUAUCUUCCCAAUACACUGUAUAUCCUUGCAUGUUCAGCUCCCAAUGGCAGCCAUCCUUUAGCCAAGUUUCAGAGAUGGCUACAAUGCCAUACUUGCCAAUCUGUAGCUGAAUCUCAAGAUCAUAGAUCAUCCAUUUCAAUUCUUAUGCUGCGUGUGUUCAAAUAUGUCACUUUCAGUCCAGAAUUGAAUGAACAUUAGCAAGUUCACACUGGGUAGAAGCUGUUCAUCUGUUCAGACUUGGAAUGUAUUCACUGAGUCAUAUCACCUACCGACAUACGAGUUUGUUUUCAGCAGUGAGAGGACGUUAACCUGCUCAGACUAUGGGGAAGGCAUUCAACACUUAUCCAUGCUGCAGAGAUAGUGGCGGGUUCACACAGUGAUGAGGGAGGUGAGAUGCACUGCAUAUGGGAUGCGUUUCAAACAGUCAUUCAUCUUUGUGUUCCCUUACCGAGAUUCGACCCAUCAAUAAUCUGAGAGAUCAGAAGCUUGAGAAGACGUAAUUCACUCAGGUUCGUCAACCGAGUUUUAAAGGCAAUUGUUCAGGGCAGGUUAUUUCUGAGUUUUCAGCAGUGGCCAAUCAGCAUUCAGGAUGGAUUAUCAAGAAGAUCUUGAAGUUGGGCAGGAGCAAGUGGAACGGCCAGCCUCAGAGUGGACAGAGUCAGAGCAGAGACUUUGAGAUUUCAGUCAGGAGAGCCUUCAGUUAGAGAAGGCAAAAUCGUCAUGAAGCUAGAAUUUUUUUUGCUCCCUUUUUUACAUUUACUCAAAACAGUAGAAAUGCCAGGCAGGCCAGUGGAAAGCACCUCUUGCGGGAUGUGUGAAGGCAGGGAACCCUCCUGUUUCCCUGAUAACUACACCUGUGAGAAGGGCAUCCAGCUUCAGCUCCAACUCCAACUAUGGAGUUGGAGCUAGAACCUGAUGAACUCCAGAUUAUUCGGGAGGCUGAAGGGGUGAUAGGUAAGGAUAUAGAGAGGUAGUUGCACCCAAGGUGCACGGAAGAGGGAACUGGGUGAUGGUCAGGAAGGGGAAAGGGGGAAACAGAGAGUGCAGUUUACCCCUGUGUCCAUCCCGCUGAACGACACAUAUAUCACUUUCGAUACUGUUGGGGAUGGUGGGAUGACCUAGCAAAGGAAAGUCACAGCAAUAGUGUCUCUGGUGCUUAGUCUGGCUCUGAGACUAAGAAGGGAAGGGUGGAGAGGUGAGCUGUGGUCAUAGGUGAUUCGUCAGUUAAGGAAACUGACUGGAUGUUCUGUGGGUGAGAAUGAGAUUCCCAGAUGAUAUGUCAUCUCCUGUGUUCUCUAGAUCUGGGACAUCUCGAAUCAACCGCUCAGCAGUCCUAAGGAGGGUAAGCAGCGAAGGUUGUGGUCCAUGUGGUACCAAUGAUAUGGGCUGUUAGAGUAAUGAGGUUCUGCAAAAGGAAUUCAGGGAGUGAGUUGCUAAGUUAAAUGGCAGCUCGUCCAGGGCUGUGACUUUGAGACUGCCAUCUGUGUCACGUGCCUGGAAUAGGAAGAAUAUACAGUUUAACUGUAUACUAAGGAGUUGGUGCAGGAGGGAGGCAUAAGAUUAUUGGAUCAUUUCAGCCUGCAAGGAUUGCUGUGUCCACAGGAGCGUGUGCGUGUUGGGAGAGACGGGACAUCGCUGAUGGAGGGUGAGUGGGCAGGCGGGUCUCUAUAUUUCUCACACACACACAACACAUGCAGCAGAGUAUGUGGGAGGGGAGUGAGAAGGGAAAAGAGGAAUGAGGAGGAUGAAAUCAGGGCUGCUUCACAAAGUCCCAGACUUAUCCAACCCUUCUCCUCUGGAACUGGUCCCAUUCCCUACCCCAGGCUGGGGGUGGGCAUUCAGUUGCCUUGCCAACAAGAAAAUGAAUUGUUCGAUAGCAUUAUUAACACUUUGAUAAUAAAUUUACAUUGAACUUGAACAUUGGCAUGUAUUGUUUGUAAAUCGUGCUGAUGAGAAAUGGUCUCAGUGAUGGUCCGAGAGUGGAAAAUGAACCGGUGUUCAGCCCCAGCCCCACUGCUCCGUGCCGGACAAGAACCCCCCCACCCCCACCUGAGUCUUUUCCAUCUGUGCUUGUCCACUCUCCCUCUAAAAUUUCCACUUUCUGUACCUGUCCCACUGUCUUUAAUUUUCCUUCUGUUACAAGAAUCACCCCUUGUAAUAAUGAUCAGUGAGAUACAGAAAAUUUGUAUUUACCAACAAUUGACUUCUGCUGCCUUCUUCCCAUAACUUUUGAUGUCCUAAAUAAUCAAGCACUGAUCGACUUCUGUUUUAAAUAAACCCGAUGUCUUGGCCUCAGAACCGUCCAUGGCAUUGAAUUUCACAGGAUCGCCUGAAGAGGUUCCUCCUCAUCGCCCUGAAUGCAUGCUGUCUGGUGUUAGACGUUUUGACCCAGGGGGAAUAAUGAUGCCAACUAUCAACUCUAUAUGUUUCUUGUAAUCUUGCAAGUUUUAUCGUGUCACACUGAGCCUCAUCUA